AUGUCCCAAGAACAAAAGAAAAAGACUGAACCAUGGAAAUCAUUUGUGGCUGGCUCCGCUGCAGGUGCAAUGGAAGCAAUGAUAACCUAUCCAUUUGAAUUUGCUAAAACAAGAUUACAAUUAAUGGACAGUACCACUAGCUCGACUGUAUCACGUAAUCCACUUGUAUUAAUUUAUAGAACCGCUAAAGUUCAAGGUCUCUCAUCAGUUUAUACAGGUUGUCCAGCUUUUAUUGUCGGAAAUACAGUUAAAGCUGGUGUAAGAUUUUUGGGGUACGAUACCAUUAAAAACUUAUUAAAAGAUCCUAAAACAGGCGAGCUAAGUGGUCCAAGAGGUGUUAUUGCAGGGUUGGGUGCUGGUUUGUUAGAAAGUAUUGUUGCAGUUACCCCAUCAGAAGCUAUUAAGAUCGGGUUAAUCGAUGAUAAAAAUCGUGGUCCUGGUAAAAGCAAAUAUCAUUAUAAUGGGAAAUCUGGUUUAGUCAAUGUUAUCCAAUUAUGUAAAGACGAGGGAGUGUCUGGUAUAUAUAGGGGCUUGAUUCCUGUUGCGUUAAGACAGGCUUCUAAUCAAGCCGUUAGAAUGGGGUGUUAUAACAAAAUCAAAACUUUAGUGCAAGAUUACACAAACACACCAAAAGACAAACCAUUGAAUAGUGGUUUAACUUUUUUGGUUGGUUCCUUAAGUGGUAUGAUAACUGUUUAUGCUACAAUGCCAAUCGAUACUGUUAAAACUAGAAUGCAAAGUUUAAACGCUAAUUUGAAAUAUAGCGGAACAUUAAAUUGUUUUGUUAAAGUUUUUAAGGAUGAGGGUAUUUUAGCAUUUUGGAAGGGUGCCACACCAAGAUUGGGUAGAUUAGUACUAAGUGGUGGUAUAGUUUUCACAAUUUAUGAAAAAAUCAUGGAUGUAUUAUAG